AUGGGAAGUGAUUAUGUUCGAUCCCAGGAAGGGAAGAGUAGCUACGGCUCCUGGGAUCAAGAGCCCUUUAUCAGCCUCAAGAAUUAUUUUCUAUUUAACACUCAAGUUCACUUCCAGUUUACCUUCACUUUCACCUUCAUUUUCACCUUCACUUUCACCUUCAGUUUACAUUCUGUUUACUUUCAGUUCAUCUUCAGCUUGAUGGUAAAAACAGUGAACUUUAGGUGUAUAUCUAUGGGUGAUGUUCAGGCUGUGUAUGAUUAUAAUACAAAGCUUUCCACCCACCAGACGCUGCUAUUGUUAACUGUGGUGAAUGUGGCAUGGACAAGAGUGCCCAGACAUGCGCCCACCCUGCCCACCCACCUUUCACCUGAGUCCUGCCCACCCUCCUUCAGCAACAACCACCCACUAAUUCUGGUGUCAGUGGAUGGGUUCCGGCCAGAUUACCUGCUGCGUGGGCGGACGCCCACCAUCCAAGCCCUGGGGGAGGUGGGCGUGCGGGCACCCUACGUCAAGGCUUCCUACCCCACCAUCACCUUCCCUAACCACUACACUAUCGUCACCGGACUCUACCCGCCUGCCCACGGUAUCGUAGCCAACAAGUUCUACGAUCCCGUGUUUGGCUCGGAGUUCCGUUUGGGUCGACCCGAGAGCUUUAAGUUACGCUGGUGGGGUGGAGAACCUGUAUGGCGGACCGUCGAGAAGCAGGGUAAGCGAGCAGCCACGUUCUUCUGGCCGGGGUCAGAGGUAGUGGGGAACCAUCCUUCAGUAUGGUACAAAUACAACGCUUCCAUCCCGUUUGAGAAGCGGGUUGAUCAGGUAUUGUCGUGGCUGGAUUUGCCAUCGCAUGAACGGCCAUCGUUCAUGACGCUGUACAUGCAUGAGCCAGACACCGUGGGACACACAUAUGGCCCUAACGCACCCCAGGUGGACAAGGCGCUUGCCCACGUAGACUCAGUGGUGAGGCGCCUUGUAGACGGUCUAGUGGCGAGGAACCUACUGUCGUGCGUCAACCUGGUGGUGAUGGCCGACCACGGUAUGGCUGAGGCCGGUCAACAUCGGGUCAUCCGCGUCGACAAGUACAUCCCCAACAUCAAGAACCGAGCUAGGUUCUGGAACGGCGUCUUCGGCAGGAUGACUCCCUACGAUGGUUCCCGGGAGACCAAGGAGAGCAUGAUGGAGGCACUGUCUUGUAAGAGACCGGAAAUGCGAGUAUAUGAGAAGUCUACACUACCUGUCAGGUGGCACAUCGGGAGACAGCGACGCGUGGAAGACAUUGUCUUCGACCUGGACGCUGGUUACCAGGUGGCUCGUGACCACGAGUACAAGGCAGACGCUGGCGAUCAUGGCUACGAUAACUUCUUCCCAUCUAUGAACGCACUGUUCGUGGCCCACGGACCAGAGUUCCUCCGCAACACAGAGGUAGAGGGCUUCCAGAACAUAGAACUCUACAACCUGAUGUGUCACCUGCUGGGGGUGAGGCCAGCACCUAACAACGGCACCUGGGGAGCUCUGCAUCACCUGCUGGCUAACCCUCCUUCCUCACCUGGCUACAGAGUCCAGGAGGGUGCAUUGCCUGUAGCAGUGGUACCUGCCGAGGAAGACCUUGAGCAUGAGAAGCCGGCGAGCUCGUGCGAGGGCGACCUUGACGAGAACGAGGAGCUCUUCGAGAUUCUGCAGGAGACGCAGGAGGAGGCCCAAGCUAUUAUACCCCAGCAUCUACCCUGGGGGAUGCCUCAGAUGGGCAAGGCUAGAGACGGCUCAUUCCUGCUGGUGCAGCCAGACUUCGUCAGUGCCUACUCUGGCCUGGUGAAGAUGCCGUUAUGGACCAGCUUCACCCUAGACCAGACCAACAGAGGGAGCAACACCAACCCCACCUGGAGGAGUGAUCCCAGGAUCAAGACGGAUCCGAGUUUCUCCUGCCAAGCCUAUCAGUCGCUGUCUCCCUUCAAGAUCGUCCCACAACCUCUCUUUCCUCCAGAGUUGGCUUCAAGAGUGGAGUCAGGGCUGGUGUGCCAACUCAUCACCAACACCGCUCCCUUCAGUGAGUUCCUGACUCAACGCUGGCAGCAACUCAUCAGACUCAUCAGAGAGUGGACCUACAAGUACGGUACCAUCAACGUCAUCACAGGACCAGUGUUCGACUAUGAUGCUGACACCUUUGCUGACGACCUCAACGUUGUCAGCCGUGGUGCCCAGCUGGUGGUACCAACUCACAUGUUCCUUGUUGUGACUCGCUGUAUGAGACCAGUGAACCAUCUCUCAGAGUGUCCACACACCUACCUCGAUGCCCUGGCCUUCGUGUACCCCCAGGCUCUUGUUGUGUCCAACUGUUUGACUGCUGAUAGGUUCGCCCAGGAAUUCAGCGCUACGGUGCGGGACGUGGAGAAAAUAACUGGUCUUAAAUUUUACCCCAACUUGGAGUUCGAAGACCAGGUGAGACUGCAGAUCCGGGUACACUCAAAUAUUUGGGGCCGCGAGACCUGGCUCAACAGAAUACAGUCAGACAUCUUCGGCCUAGCACAGUAAACGUCGCCGGGUGAAACACUUCACAUAUGUGUUCACACAGUGAAUCAACUUUAAAUAAGUUUAUAACUGUGCCCAAUUCUAUGGCCAGCGAGGCUGUUGGUAAAGGGACUGAACCCAUAUGCAAGAGCUUCAAAUAAACCGAUAUCCAGGGGGCAGUUUCAGAUGGACCAAAAUACAAAAUAUUGCGAAAUGAAUCGAAACUUUGUAAAUAUAGUGAACGCCAACAAGGUUCAAUGCUUAGACCCUUGCUGUUUACGGUCCAAAUAAAUGACGAAAUUAGAGGAAACAAUCUAGUGUACCAACUUUUGUGGAGGAUACAAUAUUAAUCAGGACGGUGAAAAGUCCAGCGGAACAAUUGUGAAGUUUUGAGAAUCAGUUAUAUUACUAGUGAAGUUCACUUUGAAACUUAGUUGAAACACUGUGAAUGUCGUUGAUGAAUAGCACAUUAGUUCCUUCUGUAAAUAGAAUAUUAAUGUUAAGUCCACGAGAGUAAACAUCACAGUAAACAAACUGUCCCAUACUAGGCAGGUCCUUAUGUAAAUCGACAAUUAGAAAUUAUCCAUUUUGAGUCCAUUGCAUCAUAUUAUGUCUGUUCGAUAACUUCGGCAUUCUGUUUGUAUAUUUUUUAUUGUAUGCUUCAUAUUAUGCAACCAGUUGCAAACUUGAAAACCUAAACCACCCAGAAGUAAAUGAAUAUUGUUUUCGUUUUAAAACCACCACCUUUCUCACACCAUCUCAGAAUACAAUAGGGCUUUCUCUCUGAUUAUAAGAGCACUAAAUGGGGCAGCUCACUCUAUUUUCUGUUCAAUAAACACAUUCAAUAAUUUUUCAUGAACACAUUCAACAAAUUUGUUUUUGUCUUAUUUACCGGAAAUGACCUUUUUAAUAAUUGCAGUGCACUAGGAGGUAUGUUAGGGCUCUUAACCUUUUUAAGAAUUCAGACUCCCCAGUAGAGUGCCCAAUAUGCCCUCAUACCCCCUUUGCCAUGUCAAAAUAAUAAUCACGAAUCCUAUUAGGUACCAGUAUUACCAGUAGGGAUUAUACAGCGCCUUUCGGGACGGGGGUGGAAGGUAUUCAGGCUUAAUUCAGGGAACUGUAGCACAGAUCCAAUUCCCUAUAUCAAGAGCCCCUCUGGAGUAAUAGUGCUGGGUAACUAUGCAACACUGGUGAACCACUGCUGGCAAUUAUUAGUGCUGAAACAAACAUUGACAUACCGGUGUUGGGUGUCUGAUUGAGCACCAGCUGUCAGAACAGUGCUGAAUAUCAAACAUUAAACAACAGCUGCCAUAUCAGAACUAGUUUUCUACUGUUUAAAAACAGCAUUUUACCCAUUUGAUGGGAAUGUGGCUGUGACCUGAUAACUGGUGGAGAAUAGCAGUCAAACAUUUUUUGUUACGAGGUUUCACUUGUAAAAAGCAUUUUCAUAACGUCGCCUACAAAAGGCUUUAUCAGGUACGUGAUUGAUUGACAUACUGCAUAUUUAAUGCUCUUGUAGGCGAAUUAUUAUUAUCCUGGGGAGUACUAAACCCGUAGGAAUUAUACAGCAGCUAGGGGGGGUAUGGAAGGCUUUUUAGGUUUAAUUCAGGGAAUCGGAGCACAGAUCAAAUUCCCUAGAUCAAGAACCCCCUCCCCCUCACCAACAAAACCCUCGAGGGGUCUUGUAGGUGAAAUGUUAUAACAAUAGUCUCCUUUUUACUGAACACGUUUCUUUCCUCCAUUUUGCCUUGGCAGAACCUGAUUGCCGUCGAGUUACCAAGAAUUGCUUCUGUAUAAUAGCACAUUAAACACUGAAAUGUGCUUUGGCAGUUUUGAUAAUUUUUCAUUAACAUGUCAUUAUUUAGUUUAAGAGCUAGUAGUAAUUAAUAUAUUUAUAUGAUGGAAAAAGUACAAUUUCUCUGUGAUACGUCAGCUAUAUUAUUGCCUUGCUUGUCAGCAAAUGUUUAUACAAUAAAUCUCACUUAACCACCUCUAAUGCUACUUACGUUACAGAAAAACAGUCCUAUAUGUGAAAAUGCGAAGGGUGGAGUAAAAAAAUUAUGGAAAAAAUUGAGUUAUGUUCCAAUCCUCCAAAUUAAAGCCAAACAUUUCUUUUAUAGACACAAUUCACAUAAAAUAAUAAACUAGGUAUUGUACAAUGAUUUUAUGAUUAGUGAUGUUAUGGGCACAUUAAAGCAUGUUAUUAUAGUAUAAUACUGGAUGAUUUAAUCUAGCAUAACCUAAUAGUAAAGCAAUGUGAAUACACUUACCUUCAGUGGAGAGGCUUAGUGUGACCCUACUGGGCUACACCAGAAAAAUUCUCUGCUGCUGUGUGGUCAGCAGAGGUACUCUCACCACUGAACUUUACUUUAUGAACCAUAUUGCACAGUAAAAUGAUUAAACCAUCCAAGAUUAAAGGGAUUCAUUUGCAGGCUGUACUUCCUGCUUACACAGUUUUGCAGCAAGAUAAGACUUUCUCAUGGAUCACAAGGAAAUUGAGUGUCAUAUUUUUCUUUUUCUCCUGAAUCCAGCCAUUCAGCAUUUUUGUUUGCAGUUUCAUUUAGCUCUAUUGAUUGCUUUCCCAUUUUCUUUAACAGGUCACAAUUUGGUUUGUUUUCUCAUUUUCUUUAACAGGUCACAAUUUGGAUUGCUCUUCACGUUAUUUUGUCAGUCUUGAAUUGAAUUAAUUGUUGAUUCCACCCCCCCCCCACACACAAUGGGCCUUGGCUGUAUCAACCACACAUAUACCAUCUCUAAGCACAUUUACCUUUAUUUGCUUCACUAGAUGCAUAGUUUCACACUUAAACUUCUUGGAACCUUCACCUACACUAGAUUUCCUUUAUAAUGCCAUGAUUAAUAUCCAGACACGACAAGGGACCAUGAAGAGAUCGGAAAUAAAGUGAUAACACAAUAGCGAGUAAUUGUAUGGUAUGUACCCGUGAGACCAGCUGGUGGUUGUGAGGGUGGAUAUGGUUGAAUGCAAGGCUGGGAUAUGGCCGAGUGCAAGGAGGAAAUGGGUAGAGCCACUGUGAAUGGUGAGCCAUUGAAGCAAGACGGAAACAUGGUGAACUUUUGAAAUGAGAGUUGGAAACGUGGUAAACCUUUGAAGCAAAAGUUGGAAAUAGAUACUAAAUGAAUCAUAAACAGGCAGAAACACAACAGGUGAGGAUGUGAAAAGUCUUGGUGUACUGUACAUUAAAUUCUUGUCAAAUAAAUAUUUUCCAGCCUAUUUGUUCGCAGAAUUACCACUAAUUCCAGCAUUUAAAUCAUAAUGAACAAAAUAUUAUGUACUUUAUAUACAUAUGUUUCCCACUGUAUAGGUUUAUUAUUGAGCUUAAUAAAUUUUGUGUAAUACAAGAGCUCUCAUUUUAACCUUCUAAAAAAGAUAUCUUUUUUUAUCAAAAUACGAUGAGUGUCUUGACCUAUAUGCCAUUUUUUAAGAGAUUAAUAAGAAUUACAUUUGCUCAGCACACCCAUCAUAGAGGAUGGCUUUCCUGUAAUACCCCAUUAUGCAGCAUGGAUUUUGUCAUACUCCAUAUACAUGAAAUGGUUUUCCCAUCAUCCUUAAUCAUACAGGAUAAUUCUCCCUGUCAAUCACACAGGAUGGUUUUCACGUCAUAAUCAUGCAGGAUGAUUUUUUUUGUCAUAAUUACAUGCCUGGAAGGUGUUCUAGGGGUCAACAUCCCU